CUGAAGCUACUUUCACUUUUGUUUCCUAGGAAAUGAGACGUUGUUCUGUUUACUCCUAUCGCCCUAUAGUCAGGACUGGUUGGCUCAGGCUGGGCUGCUGCUAAAGGCAGGUCAUAUUUUCAGAAGUCGUAUGACAAAAAAAUUAAGUUAGAGUUGGCUUGCAUCCCGACGAGGGCAGUUUGAGCAGGUCCGCACCCUUACUUUCAUUCUUUCGCUUUCUGCUUUACCUCGGGACUUUCCAGGCGUAGAUACGUCGGUCUGUUCAGGAACCAUGGACAGUAAACUAGACAUUCCUCUUCAUGGAUAUUCACUUAACAUUGUGAAACGCCGUGGACAUGGUCUUAGCGAUAUACUCAGUUGCAAAUUUGGAUGUGUGGCUACCUUUGAAGGCGUGGACUUUGAGAGAGAUCGGAGCAUUGCAUCACUGACUGUUGCCCCAGAGAAGAGGUGUACUUUCAGUCUGCCUAUGGGUGUUCAGGUGUCUGUGUGGAAGGCUGAUCUCACCAAAUUCAAAGUGGAUGCAGUUGUGAAUGCUGCAAAUUCACAUCUACAGCAUUGUGGUGGCCUUGCCCAAGCUCUGUCUGAGGCUGGUGGUCCCAGAAUCCAGAAAGAGUGUGAUGAUUAUGUCAAUAAACAUGGUAAAUUAGAAACAGGAGACGCUAUGAUCAGUGGUGCUGGGACACUACAAUGCAACAAGAUAAUUCAUGCUGUGGGUCCAGAUCUAUCAAAGUAUCCUACCAAGUCUGAGAUGUCACAAGCUAAAUCGCUGCUGGAGAAGGCCAUCAAGAGCAUUCUUAACAAGGUUAAGGAAAAUAAUUUGAAGACAGUUGCCAUUCCUGCUAUUAGCUCUGGGCUGUUCCACUACCCGCUGCCAGAAUGUGCCGACACCAUAGUGUCAACUGUGAAGCGUUACUAUCAGAGUUCUUACUCUAAAGGACAUCGUCUUAAAGAAAUCUUCUUUGUGAACCACGAUGAGCCCACAGUGAAGGAAAUGGAGAGAGCGUGCCAUCAGAUACUUGCAAACCAAAAGCCUAUGAGUUACAGUCAAGCAACAGGAAGCGCAUCCAGAGGUCCUGCCAACACCCCACCUCCUACAGUCCAGAUUGGAAAAGUCCUUCUGAAAUUGAGGAAGGAUAAACUUGAAGAACAACAGACAGAUAUCAUUGUGAACACUGCAUCACCAGAUGGAAACCUGAGCUCGGGUCGAAUCUCCGGAGUUUUAUUGCAGAAAGCUGGUGAUGGAAUGCAAAAAGAAAUGGAUAAGGCUCAUAAGAAUGGCCAAGUCAUUCCUACAAAAUCCUACAAGCUGCCAUGUAAAGAAGUGUAUCACACUUUUUGCAUUGAGAAGUGGCACCAUAAAGCAAAUGAGAUCCUUUUCAAUUCUGUAUUGGAAUGUUUACAAAGAGCAGCGGCAAGUCGACACAAGUCAAUCGCUUUUCCUGCCAUCGGCACUGGAGCCCUCGGCUUUACCAAACCAGAAUCUGCCAGGAUCAUGUUGGAUGCAGUGGCUCUUUUCGCCCGAUCGUGUCAAAGGAUGAUGGAAGUUCACUUUGUCAUAUUUCCAUAUGACGAUGACACAUUUCAGGCUUUUGAGGAAAAAAUAAGAUCUCUUCAGCAACAUUAUUCAUCAGCCUCUCAUCACAGCCCUACAUCUGAAAUGCCCAGAGAUGACUUCCACGGCAGCAGAGCUCCAUCUCCUCAGAUGAGCCUGACUGGCCUCUCUGAGGAAUCAACACGUGAGGCUGAGAAGUGGCUCACUGACCUCUUCCAAUCCUCUGGCACUGUUACCAUCUGUAACAACUUCAUCCAGCACUUCAGCGAGGAAGAAUAUUGGCAGCUGACUCGUCUGCACAAAAGGGGUGUCUCCAUCGAGGAGUUUCUUGCCAAGGGUCAUGCAUGCAUAAAUAUAAGCGGGGAUUCUCGGGAAGAUGUUGUAAUGGCUGCGUUGCAGGUGGAGGCCAUGCUCUGCACCAUCCAGAAGAAGUUUGUCUCAGAGGAAGAGUCUGAAUUGCAAACUUUGACGGCUAAUAAAGUGUCCUUUCCUAAAAGAACGGUACUUGACUAUUCAAGCCAAGAGUUUUCAGACAGACAGCCUGCCUUCAAAAAUCAUUGGCCGAGAAUAUUAAAGGUGGAGAAAGUGGAGAACUCUACGCUGGAGCUGCUGUUUGACCUCAAGAAAAAACAGCUGGGCACCUCCACUCCUCAAAGAAUGUUUCAACGCAUACCUGCACAGUUCUGUGAAAUGGUCAGCCAAGUUGGAUUCCAUGCAGAGUGUGCACCACCUGAAGAUCCAGCAUAUGGUGAUGGCAUCUACUUCACUAGUACUGUGAUGGCGGCCAUGAAAACGUGGAAGGAGAGGAAUGAAGAGUAUCUUUACUUUGUGGAGGCUGAGGUGCUGACAGGAGACUCCUGCCCUGGUAAACCAGGUCUCAUUCUGCCACCCGCCAAAGGGAAAGAUCCCCACAUUUUAUAUGACAGUGUGACUGGAGGCACUGAUGUCACUGUCAUAUUUAGUGGCUAUCAAGCUCUGCCCAGGUACAUUAUCACCUGUAAGAAGAGAUAGAUUUCUCUAAAUAAGCUUGAGUACAUCCUUUGCAAACACAUUUACUACUAGAAAGAAAUGACUGUUUGCAGUAUUUCUUGUAACCACACGAUGGAGAUUAGUAUCGUAAAGUUAUAAAGAAAUCACAGAUGUUAGGUUUAUUUUUCUUACAGUUAAAAUUUAUGUAACUGCAGUAGUAGCUUGAGUUUCUUUUGUGGUGACUGACGUACGUUAUAUAGCAGCACUGGUAUUGCAAGGAGUGGCUUAAUCAUUUAUGUAUCAACCAGUGAUCCAGCUUUACAAAUGUGAUGUCUUAUAGCAGCAAUAUUAUACUUUGUUCAUUGGUGUAGGUUGUGUGUUUAGGGGCACAAAAUGAUUCCGUAUCAGUAAACCUCAUUAAAGCAACAAAUCAUUCAGAACUGGCUUCAUUUAGUUUAGAACAAGACUACAAUGUUAUUCUUCAUCUAACACAUACAAAGUUUUUGGUGACAGGAAUGUAGACUACAUGAGAGCAGCAACAAAUGUAAUAAUUGUAAAAUACACCAUGAUUGUCAAGUCCACUGAAAUGACAAAAUUUGCCAUGUGAGCACAGGACACACGUGGGGCAGAUAGAUUUUUUUUUUUUUUGAAGACUUGUAUUGAAUCAUUCUGUAUUUUGUAAUUAAGUUUCAACUACUUAAUAAAAAAUGGAAAAAGUGCUUGAAGAAGCCCAA